AUGAAGAAGAAGAUUCUGUAUUCCAUUGUGAGCAAUCCAGGCGUUUCUCUGGUAGGAAUCGAAGGGAGGGAUGAAAGGAAGGAUCGAUUGGCGAAGCUUUUUAAUGGAGUGUUUCAGAUGGAGUUGUUGUCUCUUUGUUCGGAGAUCUGCAAGGAGUUCAAUGUGGUGUGUUAUCAAAUAAAGCGGAAGAAGGAGAUUUCGCUGGAUGAGGAUGUUUUUGAUGAUGAUGAGGAGGAGGAUGUGAUGUGUCCUAUUUCGUUGUAAGUGAUUUGGUUUGGAUUGAAGAUUGUAGACCGAUAUAUAAGAUGGAUAUUGCAAUGGAGUACUGCUUCUUUUCGUGUGAACCAUCUCUGCAUUCUUUAGUUUCAUUAUUUUA